CGCGCGGAGCGCAAGGCCGCGCGCGACGUCGAGCGCGCGCGCGCGGCCUUCGACGACCAGAUGGCGGCGAGCGACCACGGCGGCGGCGGCGUCGCGGCCAUGACCGUGCCCGAGCGCGACGGCGCCGGCUCCGGGUCGCGCGACAUCCACGUGACGGACUUUGACGUCUACUUCGGGGGCAGCUGCCUCCUGCGAUCCGCGGACCUGCAUCUCGCGUACCGGCGGCGCUACGGCCUGGUGGGGCCGAACGGCGUCGGGAAGACGACGUUGCUGCGCCACAUGGCGGCCUUCGACCUGCCCAAGUUCCCGCGCCACCUGCGCGUCUUGCACGUGCGCCAGGAGGUCGCGCCGGGCGCCGAGGGCGUCCGGGUCGUCGACGCGGUGCUCUCCGCGGACGCGGAGCUCGCGGCGCUGGGCGCGCGCGAGCGCGAGCUCUCCGCGGGGCUGGAGGGCAUGGAGCCCGCGGCGGCCGUGGCGGCCCACGCGGAAUUGGCGAGCAUCGCGCAGCAGUUGGAAUCUCUCGACGCGUCGACGGCGCACGCGCGCGCGUCGGCGAUCCUCCACGGCCUGGGCUUCUCCGAGGAGAAGCAGGUCGCGCCGCUGUCGUCGCUGUCGGGGGGCUGGCGCGUGCGGACGGCGUUGGCCGGCGCGCUCUUCGUGAGCCCCGACUUGCUGCUCCUCGACGAGCCGACGAACCAUUUAGACUUGGAGGCCUGCAUCUGGCUCGAGCACUACCUCGUGCACACGUUCAAGCACACGCUGGUCCUCGUGUCGCACGACCGGUCGUUCCUGAACGCGGUCUGCACGGACUGCGUCGUCUUCAAGGACCAGCGGCUCGUGCCGUUCCGCGGCGACUACGACGCGUACGUGAAAGCCAGGGACGAGGCCGCGGCGCGCGCGCGCCGCGAGUACGACGCCUACGUGGACCAGCGGGCCCACAUCCAGGAGUUCAUCGACAAGUUCCGCUACAACGCGAAGCGCGCGUCCAUCGUCCAGAGCCGCAUCAAAACGGUGGAGAAGAUGGACGCGGAGGCGCCGGACGAGCCCAGGGACGCGAAGCCCUGGACCUUCGCCAUCCCCGCCGCGGAGCCGCUGUCGCGGCCCAUGCUCCAGGCCGAGACCUGCGCCUUCGGCUACGGCGACGGGCCGUCGUUGUUCGAAAACGUCGACUUCGACGUCGACGACAAGAGCCGCGUCGCCAUCGUCGGGCCCAACGGCAGCGGCAAGUCGACGCUGCUGAAGCUGCUAUUGGGCGAGAUUAAGCCGCGGGCGGGCGAGGUCCACCGGAAGCAGCAGCUCAAGGUCGAAUUUUUCACGCAGCACCACGCGGACCAGCUCGAUCUGAACCUGUCGCCCAUCGAGAACGUGCUCCGGCGCUUCAAGAGCGCGUCCGAGGCGGAGGUCCGGGGGCACCUGGGCCAGUUCAUGAUCGACGGCGAUCUGCAGCUCAAGCCCUGCGCGCUCAUGUCGGGCGGCCAGAAGUCGCGCGUCGCGUUCGCGCUCCUCGCCUUCGCGAGGCCGCACGUCGUCGUCCUCGACGAGCCGACGAACCACCUCGACAUGGACGCCAUCGACGCCCUGGCGGGGGCGCUCAAGAGCUUCCGCGGCGGCGUCCUCGUCGUCUCGCACGACCAGCACUUCCUCGCCGCGGUCUGCGACGCGCUUUGGGUCGUCGGCAAGGGCAAGGUGCGGCGCUUCGACGGCGACUUCGACGCCUACAAGAAG